AUGAACACCUUCCCUUCCUUCUCUGCACCUCCUCCCAACACACCAACUAUCCAGUCAGUGUGCAAGCCCUGCCUUCGGGCCCCGUGGAGGAUGAACGAUGUGCCCACACUUGACUACGAGUUGCUGCUGUCCCCGGCCAGCUCCUCCCUCCCCGGCAGUCCUGGUGGCGGCAGCAGCAGCCCCCCUCUGGCCUUGGUCGGGGUGGAUACUGAGCAACGCACCGCCUUGGCCUUCGUAGGCCUCCUCAUGCUAUUCCUGGUCUUCCUGCUGGUCAGGUGCUUCAGGAUCCUGCUGGACCCCUACAGCCGCAUGCCUGCAUCAUCCUGGACUGACCACAAGGAGGGGCUGGAGAGGGGUCAGUUUGAUUAUGCACUGGUGUAGGGUGAUGUGUCAACAGGGUGUGGAAGAGGGAAUAUUUCAUUGUACACAGACAUGAUCCUGUACGGCGUAGUCUAAUUUAGAAGUGUAGAUGGACAGUAACAAUGCAAAUGAUUGUGAAUGCACUCUUAGAGGGAGGUUUACCUGAUGUUGGAAGAUGCCUGGUUUAUAUCACAGAACUGUAAAUAUGCAGUAUAACAAGUCUGGUUCAUCAAGAGCCACACCCUGCAAGCCAAACACUCACUCACCCAAACUCGGAUGUUUGACCGUGAAGAAAACAGAAAUAAUGAGCUGCACAGCUGCCUUAACCUGACCUAAUGUACAAGGCUAACAUGCCGCCACUUCACAACCUCACUUUAGGGCUAGGUUUUUCCAAAUCCCACCGCUUGUCAGAUCACAACGUAGUUUAGAACCUCAAAGCCACAUUUUUGAUGAGAACUCUCAACACGCAGGACACAGGCAGAACUUAAAUGAAGGAGUUUACACUUAAGCAGAUGCCCCUUUAAUGAACCAAGGUCCAUUACAAAGCAUCUUUAUGUUAAUUGCUGAUCACGUCGCACAAAUCCUCACAUUUGUUUUGAUUUGGGACACUGAUCCUCGAGGCAGCACUGCAGUUCCAGAUGCUUUUUAAGGCCAGAGCAGGUAGUUUAUGUCUCCAUAAAAUCUUCCGUGUAUCUGUCCGUGUAUGUUUUGUGUGUUACUGUGUCUAUAACUGAGAAGCCAUAUUGAAACUGUAUAAUCUCUUAUUACCGCAAGUAGAAUUUGUCCUUUGCUUUAGUCAGCCUGCCAAGUGUGGUGAUGAAGCAAACAGCAACCUUUAGGCAAAAAAAGGCUUUAUUUUUCUAUUCUUGACUCGAGUUUGGGAGUCUCCUUUUUGCUAUCUUUCUGUCCUUUUCCUCUUACUGUAUUGACUAGUUAGACCGUAGAUUUUUGAGGUAGUCAUGCAGCCACCUCUUAGAAGGAAGCAAAGCAGGUAGCUUUGCUUUUUUUGUGUUUUAUAAUUACAUAUUUUUCUGACUAUCUGCUUUGUUUUUGA